AUGGGCGAGCUUCCAAACCUCCCAGAGCCUGAUGCCCGGCAGACCAAUGGUGUCGCUUCCAACCAACCUUCGAAGAAGGUUGGUCGGCAUUCCCCAGACGCCGGUCUUCUUCAAUUGGUUUUAUGUGUUGGGGGAAUAUAUGCUUCAUUUUUGUCGUGGGGUGUCCUUCAAGAAGCCAUCACUACCACUGCCUACCCCAUCUCACCCCCUACGGCAGAGAACCUCAAACCGCCAACGGAACGAUGGAAGUUUCCCGUCGUCCUAAACACAAUCCAGUCCUUUUUCGCCGCCAUUACAGGCUUUGUGUACCUCUACUUUUCCACGCCGCAAGGCAGAAAACUUCCCCCAGUCUUCCCGACAAGGCGCAUCGUCUUCCCGCUUAUCCUCAUCAGCAUAUCCUCCUCUCUCGCCUCGCCCUUUGGCUACGCCAGCCUUGGCCACAUUGACUAUUUGACCUUCAUUCUCGCCAAGUCCUGCAAACUCCUCCCAGUAAUGUUCCUCCACCUCGCCAUCUUCCGCAAACGCUACCCGCUUUAUAAGUACGGCGUCAUUCUCCUGGUAACCAUUGGCGUCGCAACAUUUACCCUCCAUCACCCCACGUCCAGUAAAAAGAAGAACAGCCAUAACAAUGGAAACGGUUCCUCCCUCUACGGUCUCUUCCUUCUUUCCAUAAAUCUCCUUCUGGACGGUCUCACAAACACCACCCAAGAUCACAUCUUCUCCUCACCGAAGCUAUACACCGGCUUUACCGGCCCGCAGAUGAUGGUGGCGCACAAUCUUCUUUCCACACUCCUAACAACCACCUACCUUCUUGUCACGCCACAUAUAUCCACCUCAAUCCUCCCACUCAUGCCCCUCCCCAUCGACCUAUCGGAUACCUCCGAACUAUCCUCUGCACUUGCUUUCUUAUUCCGCCACCCAACCGCGAUAAAGGAUGUCAUUGCCUUCGCCACUUGCGGUGCAAUUGGCCAGUUAUUCAUCUUCCACACUCUUGCGCGUUUCUCCUCAUUACUACUUGUUACAGUUACCGUGACCAGGAAGAUGCUUACAAUGCUCUUGAGUGUGAUGUGGUUCGGUCAUCGUUUGAGCGGCGGGCAGUGGAUAGGUGUUGGGCUAGUGUUUGGGGGGAUUGGAGCGGAGGGGUUGGUGCAGAAAUGGGAGAAGGCGAAGCAGUUGUCGGACAAAGAGAAGCUGGAUAGCAAUAAGGGCAAGAAAGAGAUUUAA